AUGGAUAUAAUGUACAAAAUCUUUCAGCCCGAAGGGUCCGUUAUAAAGAGGAAUGUACGUGAAAUAGAUCCUAAAAAUCCUGUUUCUGCAAUUGGUUAUACCAAAUGUUUAUUCAAAUUGUCCAAAUAUACUCAAAUUAUUGAAUUUUUAAAUGCAAGCACAUUUUUAACUUCUUCAUCAGUAUUGGCGCUUUCAUUAGAUCCUAAAAACAAAUUAGCUGACAAACAAAUAUCAUUCCUCAAAAGGCUAACGCUAACGGAUGAAAAUUCGAGUGAACAUCGCAUUAACAAAUACAAAAGAGAAAAAAUGGAUGUGAAAUAUGAACAAAGUUAUUUCCUAAAUUCUCGAAGUAAUGAGAAUCUUGUUUAUAAUAUCCUCUCUAUUGAUGGAGGAGGCAUACGUGGAAUAUUACCUAUAUUAUGGCUUAAUGAAAUAGAAUAUCGAACCAGAAGACCUAUCUCUCAUCUAUUUAAUAUGAUAACUGGAACUUCAACCGGUGCUUCAGAAUUAUUGGAAACUUACCAAGAUCAUACCAAAAAAAUAUUCACUAUGAAUAAAGUAAAGAAUUCAAAAGCAAAGUAUAUAAACGAAGCUGAUUCAUCAGCAAUUCAUUUAUUUACACGCAAUGAUGCUCGUGAAGAUGAAUUAAAAAAUGAUACUUUUGUUGAUGAUUUAAUGGCUGCAACGUCUAUACUAACUUUUUUUUCACCCUAUGAGAUGAAGCAUAAAGGUCUUUUCAUUGAUGGAGGAAGUUAUAUACCAGAUCCUUCAAAGCCAUUUCCUUAUAGAGAUAAACAUUUUUGGGCAUCAAAUCAAUUUAAUAUAUCUAAUGAUGAAAAUGAACAAGUUUCAUUUGAAGAUCAGAUAAAAUUGGAUGAUCUUGAAAGGAUUCCAUACCUCAUAGAAAUAGGUCACCAAUAUUUAGAAUAG